AUGCAUUCACAGAUCAUUGAUAAUCUCAAGUCCAACUGGGUAUGGGUGCCCGACUGGGUUGACUCGUCAACACAGAAUACAGCGGGAAGGAUUGUGAGGUUCUUUCGCAACUUCACACUCACGUCGCCGCCUUCACAGGCGCUGCUGCAUUUCUCCGCCGACACCCGAUACAAGCUGUUGGUCAAUGGUACACGCGUCGCUGUAGGUCCAGCCAGGAGCAGCCCGUUAAUAUGGUACUACGACACUCUUGACAUUGCUCCGUAUCUCACUACCGGCGAAAAUGAGAUCUGCUUCGUGGUCAUCAGGUAUUUCGCCUCUUCGCGAGGGGGCAUGCCUUUCGAAAGAACCUCGCUGCCUGGGUUGACUGUCAUUGGCAGCGUCAACUCGGGCGCAACCGAGAUCUGUCUCGACUCUAAAGAGGGCUGGCAGGCCAAGGUAGAUGAGAGUAUCUUGUUUCCAAUGGGCCUGAUAGACGAUGUGUUUCUUCAUAUCAACGAGCGCAUCGCCCCCUCAAGUCAAGCCACGCCCGUAACACCCAAGGCAUACAACAUGAAAACACUCAAUGGCGAACUCCUUCCUUGGCGCCUACGCCCACGCGAGAUCCCCAUGCCCGAGCAAACCACUGUCGGGGUAACAACUGUCCGGAGUUGCGAUUCUGAUGUCGCAUUGAGCAGCUGGACUUCAUUCCUAUCCGAUAAUAAGACAUUGGAUCUUGCCGCUGGCACGCACCAUACUCUUCAGCUACAGGCGGAUGUUCAUUCAACGGCAUUCUUACGCUGGUCUUUCCAAGCAGCCAAAGCCUCACAGAUCCGGUUCAAGAUAACCUACUCUGAAGGAUAUGAACUCAAGCCUCGGUCAUAUCCCUUCUUCCGGACCAAAGCUGAUCGCCUGGAUACCAAGGAUUCCUACCUUAUCGGUCCUUACGAUGACGUUACCAUCGAUAUCCCUGCAUCGCAGACUGUCACUUACGAGCCAUUCUGGUUCCGCACGUUCCGAGUUUUGCAGCUUGAAGUGACAGUAGGUCCCGAGCCUGUUCAGCUUCUUUCUUUCGAAGCAGACCAGGUCAACUAUCCGCUAGCCGUCAAGGCAUCUUGGUCACAGCCCGGGGACACCCAUAGUGGACAAAUGUGGGAUGUCUCAAUCAGGACAAUGAGAAACUGCAUGUUUGAUGGGUACUCGGAUUGUCCGUUCUACGAGCAGCUUCAAUAUUCUGGCGACUCGCGAUCCGUGGGACUCUUUCACUACCUACUCUCUGGCGACGACCGUUUGAUGCGUCAGGCCAUCACCAAUUUUGCGGCCUCAAUCACAUCCGAGGGCCUUACGCAGUCGCGAUUCCCAUCGCAUGUUCCCCAGAUAAUUGCAGGAUUCUCCUUGUACUGGGUUCUGCAAGUCUGCGACCAUCACCUGUUCUUUGGCGACAUGGCGUACAGCCGCUCUUUCUUACCUCGCAUCGAUGGAGUGUUUGAGUUUUUCGACUCACACAUUGAUGAUCUUGGGCUUGUCAGCGGGCUACCCGAGGACGUGUGGCAAUAUGUCGACUGGGUGACGGCCUGGGGAGCAACUGAUGAGCAUCCGGAUAAAGGAGUUCCCACCUCGGGCCGCAAGUCGAAUCGCCAUACAUACUUUAGCAUGCUUUACGCCUAUGUGUUGAAACAGGCUGCGCAGCUUGUGCGCCAUGUCGGUCGGCCGGGCUACGCGGACGAGUACGAGUCCCGUGCUGCUACUGUCAUAGAAGCGAUCCAGACUUACUGCUUUGACGGCCGUUUCUUUACCGACUCGACAGCCGAAAUCGCAGGUGAAGAUGCUUAUUCGCAACAUUGCCAAGUCUUUGCAAUCCUGUCUGGUGCGGCCAAGCCCGAAGAUCGUUCCCGACUCCUAACCGAGGCUUUCUCCGAUCCCCGCUUCUCCAAAUGCUCUUACGUGAUGCAGUUCUACGCUCUCCGCGCCUUUGCCCUUGCCGGAAAUGAUACCUACGAAACUUACUGGGGGCGGGUAUGGGAGCCCUGGAAGAAGAUGCUCGCCAACAACCUGUCGACAUGGGAAGAGGAUGACGUGCGCCAGCGUUCCGACUGUCACGCUUGGGGAAGUGUGCCAGUGUACGAGUUCUGCACGGAAUUAGCUGGCAUCCAGCCCCGUCUGCCAGGUUCAAAGGGCAUCUUGUUCAAACCUCGUCUCCUACUGAGCGAAUCACUUGAUGUCAGGGUCGCCCUAGGAGCGGACAAUGUCGCUGCAGUAUCUUGGAAGAGCGGGGAGGGGGGCGCAGUAGUAGUAAGACUCACUCUUGACAAGGCCAUUGAUGUGGUCAGUAAGCUCCCGAGCGGCGAGGCAAGGGAGCAUGGAUGCGUUAACUUGGUUGAACUGACAUGGAAUGGCCCCCUGAGUUGA